AUGUCCACUCCUAAUUCCAUUCUUCAUGGUGGCUACCACUAUUCUUUAUCACGCUCAUGGCAAGCAGAACGUAGUUUAACUAAGGACAUGCUCAUGUACCCCUUGUUCAUUACUGACGACGAAAAUGCUCUGGAGCCUAUUGAAUCACUUCCUGAACAAUAUCGUAUUGGCAUUAACAAGCUUGCUGGAUUUAUUGAACCGCUCUACAAGAAGGGGUUAAAGUCCGUCAUAUUGUUUGGCGUUCCUUUAAAGGAAGGUGUCAAGGACCCCACAGGUUCUCGUGCAGACGACCCCGAAGGACCUACUAUAUUAGCAGUUCGCUUGCUGCGAAAGAACUUUCCCAACUUAUUUGUCGCCUGCGACGUUUGUUUGUGCGAAUACACAUCGCAUGGCCACUGCGGUAUUUUACGAGAAGAUGGAACCUUGAAUAAUGGACUGUCUAUUCAACGUUUGAAAGAAGUUGCUGUCAACUACGCAAAAGCUGGAGCACAAUGUGUUGCUCCUUCCGAUAUGAUGGACGGCCGUAUCAGAGCAAUUAAGGAAGGGCUUAUGGAAGCAGGCUUAGCACAUAAGGUAAUGCUUAUUUCGUAUGCUGCUAAAUUUUCGGGCCCUUGGUAUGGUCCAUUCAGAGACGCUGCCAAUUCUGCACCUGCUUUCGGUGACAGACGGUGUUACCAGCUCCCAUCCAAUGCCCGUGGUUUGGCCCGUCGUGCAAUUAAGCGCGAUAUGGAAGAAGGCGCCGAUUGCAUCAUGGUCAAACCAGGUUUGCCUUACCUCGAUAUCGUCAGAGAAGCAGCGGAAAUUGCUGCUGACUAUCCUAUUUCUGUGUACCAGGUUUCGGGAGAAUAUUCAAUGCUUUAUCAUUCCGCCAAAGCUGGUGUCUUUGAUCUAAAGACAAUCGUACUUGACUCCAUGACUGGCUUUUUACGCGCUGGUGCUACACUCAUCUUGACUUAUUAUACACCACACCUUUUGACAUGGUUGGAUGAGGAAAAUGGGAACUAG